UCUCAUUACUGCCAUGGCCUCAGCCGCCGAAUCCUCUCUUAUUUCGAAGCUCGAAUCCUCGGAGUCCGCAGGCAUCUAUCACCUGCUCUCCGACUACCUACACCCCUUCUCAGAUCUCAGGAACCCCAAUAAACCCAAAAGAUCCAACGACAACUCCCUAAUCCGGCCGCUCGCCAAGAAAUUCCUCCCCUUCCUCAACCGUACCCUAUCUAUCCUCCCUAAGCGCCUCUCCGAUCCUCAGAAAUUGAAUGACCAAUUCGCCCACGAGCUUUUCGACAUCUAUCGACUCUGCCUGGAUUGCUUGGAGACAGUGUCGUCCCAGCUCUCAUGCAAGCCAUAUUCCGUACAGGUCCAGAGGGUCCGGAUGGUGCAUUGCAUGGAGGCGUGGGGGUGGUAUGGCGAUGCCGAGGCAGAGGGGUUUAGGGUUUUGGAGAGCUUCAAGGGGAUCGAUUGCGGGGUAAAGAAAUCGUUGAAAUCGGAGGGGAAGCACGUUCCGGAUGUGGAGAACGGAGGCGAUGAUAAGGAGUUCGGGUCGCUGGUUGUAGAGGUCGUUGUGACGCUGGUGAAGUGCGCGGCGGUGGGACAGAGUAAGGAUGGUGGGGUGUAUGGGAGGGUGCUUGGUUUGGUAGAGGAGGUUCACCCGUGGUUCAGGGUAUUAGAUGCAAAUGCAUGUGAGAAGUUGCACAGGGCGCUUGUGACGUAUCUGGGGAGAUGUUCUUUAUUUUUACUAGGGGAACUAGCAUGUUUUGAUGGGAAUCUAGUAUGUGCAUUCUGCUAUGCUACUUUGACUGAGCAUGCAAAGUCAUCAUUGAAAGAUCAAAUUUACAAGUAUGCCCGGCGGAUAUGUUCAUCUUUAUUCUCCCUACAAGAGAAUAGAUCGUCGCUCAUCAUUGACAUAUUAAUAUGUGUGUUGGAUUCCAUUUCCCAAGAAUGCAAGUUUGAAAUGGAAAAUACUGGAAAAGAGUAUGUUGAACUUGUCUCUUAUUGUGCCAAUAAAUGUCGAACCACAAGUGCAAACUUAUGCAUUACAAUGGCAACACAUCUAAACAAAUUAGCAGGUGAUUCCCAUCAGGUUAGACCACCCUUUGAUAUGAUACUGAGGGUGUAUGCCGCUGGCUUGCAUCUUAUCAAUUGCAAUGUGAAGUUCAGAGGUGGUGAUCUUACAUCCUUUGGAGGCGCUAAGUAUGAGUCUGCAGUUAGAAUUUUAUGUGAUGAUGGGAAUAUACUGCAGAAUUUAGCUGCUCAGCUGGGUUCUUUUGGUUGUUGCUUUCAUAUUGGCUGCAAAGAGAAUUGUGUGAUAUCUAGUGUUAAAUAUACAGAUUCUGUUGGUCAGAUUUGUUCACAGUUGAGUUCCGGGUAUGAGGCCUGCACAGAGAAGAAUAGAAAAGCUUAUCUGCUGUUUUACUUAAACGCAUUGAGAUUCUUGUGCCAGCCACUAGCUGAAUUAGUAAAUUCAGAAAGGAAACAGCUUGUUAGUGAAAAUGAAGAUGCUUUUGUUACCAAUAGACUCUGUGUAAUCCAGGAUAUAUUCCAUCAGUUCGCUGAUAUUUUUCUUUCUUGUCAAAGUUGUACAUAUGAAAGUGAGAGAGAUGGAUUUGAUGAAAAUAGCAAAGCGGUACUUAGUGUAGCUGUUGCUUCUUUCACCCUCUCCAUCAGAACAAAGCUUAACAUGAAGAGGAGCGUGCAUUUAAUUAAGCACAUUAUUACCACUGAAUGGAUUCAACCUCAAGGGCUAAAACACCUAUUUGCUUCUUUUCACAAUAUUGGUGUUUUUUUGUACCGAAAUAAGCAAGUAAAAGAGGCUUCAAAGGCAUUGAAACUAUGUUGUAGGGUAUCAUGGACUUGUGUAAAACGUCUUUGCCAGAUUUUUGUACAGAAAUCCGAGGAGUUAGUUGGUGAUCUUUCAGAAGAUGCUAUUGUAGAAUUUGUCAAUGAUGCAUCCACAAGAAGUGCUUUUCUUUUGGAUGUUCUCCAUCAAUGUGACAGUCAUAAGGUGAAAAAGACAGUUGCAGAGUGCCUUGAAGAUUGGUGUGUUGCUGGAAAGGUCUUUGAAAGGCUGCCAGGUCCUGUACCUUUGGUGAAGCAGUGGGUAAAGAUGGAAUGUAAACGCCAUAAGAAUGUGGAUGAGGGGGAUAGUUCUCGAACCUUGUACUGUUUGCUGUCAUCUUCUGUGAAAGUGUCAAAGAGGACAAUUGGCAUAAUCUUAGAGCAGGAACUGUUUGCAUAUGAGGAAAUGGAUGCUCUGUACCCAGCAUUUUGUCAGCAAAUGCAAAUGAAAAUUAUAGGUAUCCUCCUGAAAGAUGUGUAUAUUACGCCUGAUAGUUGUUUACAAAAAUCAAGAAUAUUAGUGAGAAAGGGAAGAGCAUUAAGGGUCUGUGGACUUGAAGGUUUGAAGGACUGUAUUCAGUGUCUGUCGGAUUCCAUAUCUACAAUUAAUGAGGUGUAUGGUGAAACAUGUAGCCGUGGAAUCUCAACUUGUCAUCAAUUAGCUGUGACAUAUUGCUUACGUGCACUAUGUAUCCAGGAAGCUGAACCAAACUCAAAGCAAAUAUUCCAAGAUAUAAAUGCUGCCCUCAAUCUAUGGUUGAGCAUUUCUAUUCCAGAUCAUUGCUCUGCAGAUGACCCGUGCUCUAUGGUGCCCGAAAAUACAAUGCUACUACUGUAUAAUAUUAUUGAUUUGUUAUCAAUGAAGGGUUGCGUGGAUUUUCACCAUGACAUAUAUAGGCUGAUGACUAGAUUCUUCAGAUGGAAGAGUCUUCCCCAGGAGAAUUGGUUGGCCGUGCUGUGGGAAUGUAGAAGGACUACUCAUGCGCUUUGCAUUUCACCUGUAAAUGAGGCAUUCAUCAUCAACUUAUCAGAUCAUUGUGGUGAAUUUUCUAAGUCUGUUGAUUUCUGGAUACGCAGCCUGAAGGGGUCCCAGCCAUUGAUAGUUGGCUUCCAACAGAGUUUUUCAUUUUUAUUUUCGAAUCCUCACAGCUCUUGCAAUCAUGAGAGCUCUUUUAGAUCAGAUAUCACAGUUGAUGAAGUUAAAGAGGCUGCAUUUGAACUCAUUUCAAGUGUUCCUGUACCCAGUCGUUCUGUGUUUCUUGCUGGAUAUCUCUACUACGAUUUGUGUGAUAGACUAAUUUCAAACGGGAGGUUAAUUGAGGCUCUUUCAUAUGCAAAAGAAGCUCAUCGAUUGCGUACUAAACUUUUUCAAGAGAAAUUUAUGUACUCUGUUGAGCAGCAGACUGAAAGGUACAAUGAAACCGGGGAUGUCAUUCAGAAGCUUACAUAUGGCCUGAAGAAUCUCCAAAUUUGCAGAUCAGUUGCUACCGAAAUUUGGUCCUCUGAUUCUAUUCCAUGGGACUGGGAAGGCUGUUAUCUUAGUCCGUGGAAUGUACUUCAAUGUUAUCUUGAAAGCACUCUUCAGGUUGGAAUUAUUCAUGAAAUAAUUGGAAAUGGGGCUGAGGCUGAAACUUUUUUAAUUUGGGGAAAAAACAUCUCUUGUUUACAGAGCUUGCCACUGUUUAUAGUUGCUUUCUCCUGUGUUUUAGGAAAACUAUACCGUAAGAAACGGCUUUGGGAAAUGGCAGAGAAGGAACUUCAUAGUGCCAAGGAAAUUUUGAUGGAUACCAGCAUGAAUUUUUCUUGCAUAAAGUGCAGAUUGAUGCUGGAAGCAACUGUUGAUCAGCAUCUUGGUGAUUUAUCACGAAGUAAUUUUGAUAGCACUACAGCAGAUAUUUCUGUAGAGAGAUUGUCUCAUGCUGAAAAUCUGUACAAAUUGGCCCUUGACAAGCUAAAUCUUUCUGUGUGGAAAAACUGUGUUAGUUUUCCUGAAAAAGCAAACGCUGAAAGUAUGAUGCUUAAGAAAACUGUUGUGAAAGAUGCUGAAUGUGGUGCCAGCAAUCAUUCUGCUUGUUUUGUGGCAACUGAACAAGAUCCUAGGAAAUCCACAAGGGAGCUGCCAAAAGUCAAGACCGAAGCCAAAACAUCUAGAAAGAAAGCUCCAAAACCCUUUCUAAAGGAGAAAAUUCCUGAGAAUAAUUCAAGGUUAACUCGUUCCAGAUAUCGUUCUACUCAGAACCAAAGUAUGAGCACAUCUGGUGAGUCACAAGUUGGCCCUUCUGGUGAGUCACAAGUUGGCCCUUUGGGAUAUUUGAAAGGGCAUGAUGUGUUUGAUUGCCCUGACUUGCUUUGUCAGGGGGAGUUACUUGUAGAAACAAAAAGUUGUACAGUUGCUUUUGGCUGUGAAGUAAAAUGCAUUUCCGACAUGAGGUGUUGGCAAUGUCUUGCGAUGGCAGUUAUGGAAUCUGGGUUAGUGAAUAAUUUUGUACAUAUGAAGUGGGAGGUUGUUCGGCGACGACUUUUACUAAGGCUACUCACCGGAAUAGGAAAGUGCUUUGGGAAUCGUGGUCAGAUUCAUGAAACACAUAAAGUUUUGUUCCAAAGCAUAUCGGUCCUAGUUAGCAGAAACCCAUUUGGUCAUACUUGCCCUUCUGUUCCUCUCACAUCCUUGCUUGAUUAUAUUGGGAAGGAGAUUGUGGGAGAUGCAUUCACUGUUGAGCGUGCAGUAAUACUUUACAAUAUAUGCUGGUUUUCUUUAAAGAAUUACCAUUCCAAGGAUACCAGGACAACUUGCUGCAAUCUAUUUAACAUUCAUUUGCCAAAAUUAGUGUCUUGGUUAAAGCUGGCCUUUGUUCUCUGCCGUGAGGUUCCCAUACUUCUUCAGAAGGUUUCUCAAUUACUUGCUACCGUAUAUGUACUUUCUGCCUCAACUGAGCUUUUUCCGUUAUUCUCUUCCUGCAAAGCACUCUCUGAAAAUCAUUGGGCUUCAUAUUUUCAUCAAGCUUCACUUGGCACUCAUCUAAGUUAUCAGUUCUUUUCAAAUAUGACUGGGAGAUGCAAAGUCCAACUUGUGGAGGCUGAGGGCUCAUAUGUUCCUGGCUCAACUUGCAGUGAAGAAACAAGCAACCAGCUCAGGCUUGCACCUGACUCUAUUCAAGAUCUUGAAGAAUUUGUAACAAAAUUCUUUGUGGGCCUUCCUGACAUUACAGUGGUUUGUAUAAGUUUGCUUGGAGGUGCUUAUGCUAGUCUACUAAAGGAUUUGCUGCUUUAUCCUACAUAUGUCCAUGCAUGGAUGCUAGUGUCGCGCAUGAACUCUAAGAGUCAACCUGUUGUUUUACUUCUGCCAGUGGAUCCUGUUAUAGAAGCAGAAGCCUCAGACGAUGAUGCUAACUCUGAUAGUGGUAAGCUUUGGAAGAGCAAGGAUGUGGAUAAACAUUGGCACUGUCCCUGGGGUUCCACUGCGGUUGAUAAUGUAGCUCCUGUGUUUAAGCGGAUAUUGGAGGAGAAUUACUUAUCAUCUUCGAAGUUUCCUUUAGAAGAUACAAAAAGGAAUAGGACAUUAUGGUGGAUGUGGAGAAAGAAGCUUGACUGUCGUCUUGGUAAAUUUCUGAGGAACUUAGAAGAUUCAUGGUUGGGUCCCUGGAAAUAUGUGCUUUUGGGAGAAUGGUCUAACCGUAAGCUCCUGGACUUGGUACAUAAGAAACUGAUGUGUGAUCUAAAAUCUAAGUGCAAACUGGACGUAAAUGAGAGUCUUCUUAAGGUUAUUCUUGGAGGCUCCAAGUAUGACUUUGAACGAGAAGCAUGUAUUUCACAGCUAUGCUUAAGGGGAGGUUGUUAUGUUGGUAGAGUAGGAUGUUUUGAUGAAGCAAAGUGCGGGGCAUCGUCUAAUGCAUUCUAUGGAGCCGACAAACAGUCUGAGUUGGCCUUCCAACUAAUACUGGAAGCAAUGAGCGAGCUUGAAGGGGAAGACUCUGUAAAUAGAGAGCCAAUAAUUCUAGUGUUGGACUGUGAGGUGCAGAUGCUUCCAUGGGAAAAUUUACCAAUAUUAAGAAACCAGGAGGUUUAUCGCAUGCCUUCUGUUGGCAGUAUCUCUGUAGCACUUGAUAGAAGCCAUCACCAUCAAGAGCAAGUUGGGAAGAUUGUUGCUAGCUUUCCUCUGAUAGAUCCCUUGGAUGCAUUUUACCUGUUGAAUCCCAGUGGUGAUCUCAGUAGCACACAAGUUGAAUUUGAGAACUGGUUUAGAGAUCAAAACUUGAAGGGGAAGGCUGGAUCUGCACCGACAGCUGAAGAAUUGGUUGUAGCCUUGAAAAGCCAUGAUCUCUUUAUUUAUUUUGGCCAUGGAAGCGGAGCACAGUACAUUCCCAGGCAUGAGAUUCAAAAACUCGAAAACUGUGCUGCUACUCUCCUGAUGGGAUGCAGUAGUGGUUCUUUGACACUGAAUGGGUGUUACAUUCCACAAGGUACUCCACUAUCCUAUCUGCUAGCUGGUUCUCCUGUCAUUGUUGCCAAUCUAUGGGAAGUGACAGACAAGGAUAUUGACCGAUUUGGAAAGGCCAUGCUUGAUGCUUGGUUGAGAGAAAGAUCCAGUCCUUUGGGUUGUGCCCAGUGCAAUUUAGUAGCGGAAGAAUUUGAGGCCAUGACCAUAAGGGGCAAUAAAGGUAAUGGAAAGAGGAAAGCCCGAAGGAAGAAGUCACCUGAAACUUGCGAAACAAGUUCGUUUAAGGACUUCUGUGACCAUAGACCAAAGAUUGGAUCAUUCAUGUCUCAGGCCCGUGAAGCUUGCACACUCCCCUUCCUGAUUGGGGGAUCACCAGUAUGUUAUGGUAUCCCAACGGGUAUAAGGAGAAAUAAGGAUUUGUAGCACCUCUAAGAAGUGUGAUCUCCAUAUCUUCUCAAUUUUUCCCUCUUAGCUCCAAUUCUUUAGGAGACCAUUUCAUUUCAAACCAGCGGGGGGCAGGAAGAUUUGGCUAAGAUUGGCUUUUCUUACAUAUAGCACAUAGUGAGCCGAGCAUUCUUGGCCUACCAAGCGAAACUGGUGGUUCCUAGGUCACGAUCGUUUGUUCCAUUAAAGAGCAUUUUUGUAGUGUCUUUGGUUGUCUUAUGCAGUCUUUAAUCCUUAACAUUUCCUUUCCCUUCUUUCCCUUAACUGUAACAUACUGUUAGCCCCCUGUGAAAGCCCUCUCUUCACUAAGCUAUGCCCAAGUAUUCCCACAGAUUUGAUAAUUGUAUACGUUGUAAAUGAAAAUGAAUUCCCUGUUUUAGCUUGCUUUUGUGUCUUGUUCAUUUGAUAAAAUAUUGCAGCGUGUAGCCUAGUGGUCAAAGGGUGGGCUUGGAUGUGCCGUAGACUUGUACAUCGUGAGUUCAAUUCUGCACUAGGACCUCCCCUGGAUUACCCGAUGCACAGUUCCGGCAGAGAUAGGGUUGUGUAUCCGGGGUUUUACUCUCUAAGGGUGGGUCCAUAAGGCACUGCCUUGAUGGGGUUCCACGUCAUUAAAAAAAAAAAUUGGAAGUGUUGGCUGAUCAGAGUAUCUAUUAGUUCAGCAAUAUCCACUAUUGUAACUUUACAAGGAUCGCUCACUAUAUUUAAGGUGUUCAAUAUUUCAAAUUGAGUUUCUUUUCACUUCUGCUGUCCAAGUAAAUAAACCAGUUUGUAACUAAAGUUUGGCUGGCAUUUCCAUUCUGUUAUUUCUUUUCCCCAAGUUUGAAUGCUUUGUGAUGUAAA